AUGGAGCGGCGGCCCCGGGCCGCAACGAGCCUGGGGAGGCCGCUGAGGCGCCGCGGCGCCCCGCGCCCCCGGGACCCUGCCCGGCAGACCAUGCGCCUGGUUUCUGCGGUUGUGCUGGUCAUGCAGCUGAAUCGUGUGGAUGCCUUGGACUGUGGGCUGGGAGAGUAUCCCAUAGGUGCCGAGUGCUGCCCAAUGUGCGCUGCUGGACUUCGGGUUUUCAAGCAUUGCACUGCCAAUUCCAGCACGACGUGCAUACCUUGUGUCGAGGAUACAUACACAGAUCAUCCCAAUGGUUUAGAACACUGCAGGAAAUGUAAACUGUGUGAUAAAGGAGCCAACCUAGUGCCAGAAGUAGCAUGUACCUAUACGAAGAAUACUGUGUGUGGCUGUCUGCCUGGGUAUUUCUGCAGCUAUUUUGGGACUGAAGACUGUGAACUUUGUCAACGCUACACUGUCUGCUUUCCUGGCAGUAUGGUAAAAGAAAGGGGCACAAAGACCACUGACAAUGUGUGUGUAACCUGUCCUCCUGGAACCUCCUCAACAGCCAACAUGUCCUACACUUGUACACCAUGGCACAGACUGAAGGAGAACGGCCUGGUACAAGGAGAGGACGGGAAUCCUUCCUCAGAUUCCUUUGUUAAAACAAUUGUUGGUUCUGUUGUUGGAACAGUGCUAGUUGUUGCAGCUGGCCUUGCAUAUAUCUGGCAAAGGAGGAAAAGGAAAAACUACGUGCCAUCGGUGCAGGAAUCAGGGAGUGGACAGCAGGGUCAGGCUUUGAUACUAACCGUGGAGAAUGGGGAUCAAACAACUGUUCCUGUGCAGGAAACCGGCGCUGAUCCUGAAGAAACCAGGCUUGAAUAGCCAUUUUUAUUUGAACUAUUGUAGACAAUGGACAUGGUACAAAAAAAAGGCCAAAAAACCAACCACAAAAAAAACCCCAAAACACCCAACAAAAAAAGCCCAACUUUUUUUCUAAAUAUCCGUGGAGAAAAAGGCAGCUUGAAAAUGAAAAGGAGGAUCUGCGAAGAAGCUAAGGAAACAGCGAAGUGGAGUCUUCUGAAGCAUCAGAGUUUGAAACAGCUGAGUGAUCAAGGCAUUGGUCAGUACCACCAGUGGCUGUAAAGCUCUCUCCUUUCACAUCCCGGCUUUAUGGAGCAGUGGCCUGUGUGGUAUGCCUGGAGUUUCUUUCCUUCUUACCCACUUGGACAGUUACAACUUGGUAUGCAUGAAAUUAUUCCAAGAUAUGUUUGUUAGUGGAAAAAAUAGCUUUUUUUCAUUUUAAAGAUUCCACAUAACUAUACAUAACAUGUUUUCCAAAUGCAUUUUGUACAAUUUUUGCCUUUUUAGAAGUAAUUGACGGGAAAUGGAAUCUUGCACAGCAAGAAAGAUGUAGCUUUUAGUAAUGUCAUGAAUUACAUAUACACAAUUACUGUCUUUUGCUAGUCACCUCUGCUCUACUCUGUGAUCAUGUGUUAGAACAAAGUUAAG